CAGUCAGCUCCACAUCCAGAAAGCUCCUGCGGCCAAACGCGCGCAUCACACCGCACCCGACGUGCCAAAGUGGGGCUUUGACUCUCGGAUUGUUAGAAGCUUGACAGUUUCCCAAAAAAAGAGGACUCUGGUGAUUUAGACAGCGCCUUUAUUUUUUAUUUUUCUAUCUAUUUGGGAAUUUAUUUUUUUCCCGCCUUUCACUGCCUCCUCUCGUCGACUUUUGAGAGAGAUUUACUGGACAUGGCUUUCCCUCAGCUGGGGUACCCCCAGUUCCUCAGUGCCUCCCAUGAGGUUUACGCGGGGGAACGGCCGGCCUCUAGCCGGGAAGGAAGCACCGAAAGCGGCGUGAGCUCGUCUGCUACAGCCGCUGCUGUCGGCUCCAUGCUGGGGAUGUACGGAAGCCCAUGGGCGACCCCAAACUACAGUGCCUUUUUGCCGUACAGCGGAGCUCCAGACCUCGCCCUCAUCUCCCAGAUGGGCUCUCAAUACGAGUUAAAGGACAGCCCCGGUUCCCACCCGGCCUCUCUGCCUGUGCACGCCGCUCAGAGCUUCUACCCAUACGGACAGUAUCCCUACGGAGACCCGUCGAGGGCCAAGACAGCCACCAGGGAGACCACCAGCACCCUGAAGGCCUGGCUGCAGGAGCACCAGAAGAACCCUUAUCCCACCAAAGGAGAGAAGAUCAUGCUUGCUAUUAUUACGCGGAUGACACUCACACAGGUGUCCACUUGGUUUGCAAACGCACGCAGGCGCUUAAAAAAGGAGAACAAGGUGACGUGGGGCCGCAGCGCCGAGGACCGAGACGGCCGCAUCUUCAGCAGCGACAACGAGGACGAGCACGGCAAGAAUGGCAGCGACGACGAAGAGGAGGAGAUCGACCUGGAAACGGUCGAUAUCGACAGACCGGAGGAGCAGCGCACAGCAGCGGAGCAGGGCUGCAGGAAGGGGGCGAGGGAGGCGGACGUGGCCGACAGAGAGGCCUCGACUGAGGAAAGCACCAGGACGCUUUCCGCGGAGGGCCUGCGAGGGGUGGAGGGGGCUAUUUCCCUCAGUAAACCCCAACCUGUGGUGGUCAAACGCAACGCGGAUCACUCCCCGAGCAGACCACCGCAGAGCAAACCUAAAAUCUGGUCCCUUGCAGAGACCGCUACGGCCCCGGACACCUCGCAGAAACCUCCCCAUGCUGUUCAUGCGCACCACCCCGGCCACCCGGCACUGAUCCCGGGUCAUGGGAUAUACACAUGCCAGAUUGGCAAACUGCACAACUGGGCCAACGCGGCUUUUCUCAACGCCAACUCUCUUUUGAACAUGAGGUCGCUUCUUGGUGGAGCACCGGGUGGACACCUGCCUCUCCGUGGCCCUGCAUCCUGCACCGUGCGUCAUGACGCGCGACCUGGCGCGACCGGACCCGGUACAUCGGGGACAGAGGACGACAGUGACGGAGACUCAUCUGGAAGCUUUAGCCCAAAAAGAGAUGACGAAGACAGUGACCACAGACCGGAUUCUCUCAAGUCCCCAUUCCAGCUCCUCACUGACAGACCUCAUCACGGCGCAGGAGCACAGCGGGCUCUCACGACAACAUUAUGAAAAGACUAACCACAAUUUUAACAAGUAAUAAUACUUUUAUUUAACUGAGAACAAUUUAACAAAAGACUAUUUUUAACAGGGGGCGACCUGUUAUACAGUGUUACUGUCUAGCUACUUGUAAAAGAGAUUGUUGUUUUUGUCACAUGAUUUACUUGUAUAUCCUCUCUCUUUUAUGUAUGUUUUUUUCCGUUUUCCGUUUGUUUUGAAAAGUUGUAAAUACAGGAUAUGGAUUUGUCUUUAAAGAAUAUAUUUUUCAGAAACUAAAUAAAUGUCAUUAUAGUCAUUUAUUAUCGAGGGAAAAAGGCUUGUACUUGACUUGGGGAACAAUACCAAAGAAGAGUGGAAAAGUGGAGCACAUUUUUCAAAAGCAACUAUUUAUUUAAAUGUUUAUGUUAGGGAUUUUGAUUACAUUACAUUUACAAUUUAUCUUGUGAAUUUUAGUCUUUUUUAUUAUCCAGUGCAAUUUGCAAAUGCAC